AUGAAGAACUUGGAGCGCUCGUAUCCCGGAGACAUGCAGGAGUUCAAGUCCGAGAUCGAGAGGGCACUAGCUGGGCAGGAUGGGACCACUGAAGUUGACUAUGAGAAGGAGACAGUGACUUGGUCCAGCAGCAAGGGUGCCACGAUCGUGUUCAGGCACGCGAACCACAAGGUGCACAUCACAGCGAAGGAGGGUCUAUGCCGAGUGUACCUGAAUGCCUGCACAUUUUUGCAAGCGGCGAGCCAAGGCUCGACCGAUUCAGCGAUGGAGCGGGGCUCUACCCGGGCCGCCACCAGCAUUCGCCUCGGAGGUACCAAUGGUUACGCCAGUUCCAGGGCGCCCAGCCAAGUCUAUGCUCCCCCUGGAGCUCGCAGUGCAGCGGGCUUCUCGAAGCCAAUGAGUUUGGCUGGUGGCAACAGCACCGUGCCGGGGCGAUCUGCCACGGCGAAAAGCGCUGACAAGCCGAAGGUCCCUUAUACUCGCGUGGUGUCCAUCGACUUCGUCGGAGAGACGUCAGGUGAGAUGGAUCUCAAGAUUGGCGACAUGAUUGAGGUGGUCGAGGAUGAUGAUGGCGAUGCCUUUGACAGAUGGGUCAUGGGCAAAAACCUGAAGACGCAAGUGCUGGGAUGGAUUCCGCUAAGCCACACGCGGGGGGUGGACCAGGCAGUGGAAGUUCAUCUGCAUCUUGAGUUGAGCUGUUUGAUCUUGCUUGCCACCAGCUCCGCAGCUGCCGAAGAGCAUGUGGCGCAUCGGUCCUUCAAGAUGAUCCUGUGCUCGCCGGAGCAUGCAUUCAAGCAAGGAGUCCGAAGGCACUUCCACGCGAAGAAAAUCCUUGUCAAGGAAUUGAUCCGAUCGUACGGGACCUUCUUCAUCGGUGUGCAAGACCGCUGCAUGUACUCGCACACCUUCCACUUCAGUGGCAGCGAGCCAUUCACCACGGGCUGUACGGCUGUGGUCCAGGUCAAAGUUUUCGGCAGGUCCUUGGGCGAAGGUGACGUUUUAAUGGACAUAAGCGUCGGCCAGCAGUUGCUGCGCGAGAUCAUGGUGCGAUACGAUCAUAAGAACCUCGAUGAGCUGGAUGUGUUGGUGCCUGGCGGUCCACUGGCGGUCGCUGAGGAGGAAUUUCAAACGCCUUCGCGUCGAAACACGACGGUGGAAGUCAUGGCAGAGGCCGUCCACAAGCGCUUCGUCUCCGGGCUGAAGCAACAUUUGGCGGAGGAACUUGCCCGGGGUAAAACCCUCGGUUCCAUCUCCAAAGUUGAGGUGGUGGUCAAGGAAAGCGAUGUUGCAUUUGCCGGCUUCGGGGAAGAACUGGAUGCCACCAGCUUGUCGGAAUGCUUGCUAUUGCCUGGUGGUCACUGUUGUACCAGCAUGACAAGCAUGCGGUACCGCUCCGUUUCGAAUGUCUCCGCUGACGUCGAUUCCAAAGGAGCGCAGGGCGAAGCAGCUGCACAGCUCAGUGUCUGGGGCGAGUUCUUGUUUCAAGACGUUACAGAGCACCUAGCGGACACAGGCACCAUUUCGGAGCCAUUGCUGAGUGUCGUCAGGCAUGUGAUCUGGCCGUUGCUGAACAAGCACCAGAGGCCCCAGAACGCCAAUGCCAAGUCGUCCAACGAAGACGAAUGGAUUGCAUGCCUGGGUCUUACACUAUGUCUGGCGCUUUUCAGGGUGCUGACUUCAGCAGCGGGGCCUGACGUCUUCGUAGAGGUCGGAUGUGCAUGCCGAAGGCUGCAUCCGCCCAAAGCAAUUGCGAACGCAGACGCAGAGGAUUGCGCUGAAUUCGAGUUUGAAGUGCUUCCUUCUGAUCCGCAUGACAUGGGACCGGUUCUCGAGGUCCUUCACCUGGAGGCCGAAGCGGGAGGUGCCUUGCGCUUGCUGCCCUUGCUUGCAGAAUGCUCCUCCGCCUGCGGCCGAGUUUCCGCAGCGCGCACAAGUAAUGUCAAGCUGAGGUACACCCAAAUUCCGGGAAGCCAAAGAGUGGCAAAUCAAUGUUGCGAUUGCAGACCAAGCGCAAUCCUGUGUCCAAAACCUUUCUUCGGAGGCCCUCCAUGCCCUCCGUCACUGCCCACUAAUCUUGCAGUCACGACAUGGUACUGGUAG